AUGCAGACCCGCGGCGCAUGGCAUUUGGCCACACCAGAAACGGGUGUCUGGGACGACGGUCAAGUCCUGUGGCAGUCGAUCCGCGUUGGAGCUGCUGGGUCACCAGUCUGCUCUCGGGAUUUGAAGGUCCUUGACGAUGUUACUCACUAUGCCCCAAACUUUAGGCAAUCCACCAACGAUCCUGAGGAGGAACAGUUCGGCUACUGGCUGAUGCGAGGGCCCUUCAACCUGACUGGGCAGUCGAUCGCCGAGGCUGGAGGCUUCCCCAAAGAAGUACCCUCGUGUUUGGCUAGAUGGUCCCAUGGGAUCGGAGACGCCACUAACGGCGACUAA